AACACAGAGUUCAUCUUCUUCCUCUGUUCAUAAAAAUGGCGUCUUUUUCCUCUGCACCAAUGAUUCCCUUCCUCUUUAUAAUCUCCUUGUUCCAAAUCUCCUCUGCAUCCCGGAUGCUAAACGAUGUCGUUCAGGAUCAGAUGCUGAAAUACCACAACGGCGUUCUUCUCUCCGGCAAAAUCAGUGUCAAUCUGAUUUGGUAUGGAAAUUUCAAGCCAUCCCAGAAGGCGAUCGUCUCCGAUUUUGUGAACUCCCUGUCGUAUUCCCGGUCUCAGGUCGGCGAGCCGUCGGUCACCACAUGGUGGAAGAUUACAGACAAGUAUUACGCAAUGUCUUCUAAGAAGAAAUCGACUCCUCUGUUUUUGACCUCUGGCCGGCAAAUUCUCGAUGAGAAUUACUCGUUGGGGAAAUCGCUCACCAACGAGCAAAUCGUUCAAUUGGCUUCAAUGGGUGACCGGAAAAACGCGAUUAAUGUCGUUUUGACGGCUUCUGAUGUCACUGUUGAUGGGUUCUGUAUGAGUCGAUGUGGGACUCACGGCUCUGCAUCCCACGGCGGCGCUAAGGGUAAAAAUGAGAAGUUUGCUUACAUUUGGGUUGGGAAUUCCGAGACCCAAUGUCCAGGGCAAUGCGCUUGGCCGUUUCACCAGCCGAUGUACGGACCACAAUCGCCGCCGUUGAUUGCGCCGAACGGCGAUGUGGGGAUGGACGGUGUUGUAAUUAACCUUGCAAGUCUUUUGGCUGGGACUGUCACUAACCCGUUUGGGAAUGGCUACUUUCAAGGCCCGGCGGAAGCUCCAUUGGAGGCGGCGUCGGCCUGUACCGGCGUUUAUGGGAAAGGGGCUUAUCCUGGUUACGCCGGGGAGUUGUUGACGGACUCCAUUACCGGCGGGAGCUAUAAUGCUAAUGGCGCUAAUGGAAGGAAGUACUUGCUGCCGGCGUUGUAUGAUCCUUCCACGGCGGCUUGCUCGACGUUGGUUUGAGGAUUUUUGUAAAAUUUUAGAGUUAUGAGAUACGAUAUGAAAUUCGUUGAUUUCUUCAUUUGUUUGUAGGAUCUGUUCUUCGAGGAUUAUAAUAGAAAUGGCAAAAAAAAAAUAUAUCUUUUAUUUGCUUUUCAAA